GCGGCGGGCCAUGCCGGGGGCCGGGUCCCGCGCGGAGGAGGGUGGCGGUGGCGAGGGAGCGGCGCCGGGAACCGGUUCGGAGGCCGGGGCGGUUGCAGGGCGGGAGCCCUCGCGGCUGUGCGGCUACCUGCAGAAGCUCUCCGGCAAGGGCCCGCUGCGCGGCUAUCGCAGCCGCUGGUUCGUGUUUGACUCGCGCCGCUGCUACCUCUACUACUUCAAGAGCCCGCAGGACGCUCUGCCACUCGGCCACCUGGACAUCGCCGACGCCUGCUUCAGCUACCAGGACCGCGAUGAGGCUGCGGAGCCGGGAGCCGACCCACCCACGCACUUCCAGGUGCACAGCGCGGGUGCAGUUACUGUGCUCAAGGCUCCUAAUCGUGAGCUCAUGACUUACUGGCUACAGGAGCUUCAGCAAAAAAGAUGGGAGUAUUGCAACAGCCUCGACAUGGUGAAGUGGGACAGUGGGGCGUCCCCAACUCCAGGGGAUUUUCCUAAGGGCCUUGUAGCCAGAGAUAACACAGAUAUAAUUUUCCAGCACCCAAACCCUUCUGCAGAAAAAGCCAGAACAGUGCUCGCUGUGGAAGCUGCCCCUGGAGAGCUGGUGGGAGACCGGGCUGCUCAGCAGCCAGCCCCUGGGCAUCCGAAUUCCAUCAACUUUUACUCUCUGAAACAGUGGGGUAAUGAGCUCAAAAAUUCAAUGUCAUCUUUCCGUCCUGGAAGAGGGCACAGUGAGAGUCGUAGGACUGUGUUUUACACCAAUGAAGAGUGGGAGCUUUUAGACCCGCCUCCUAAGGACCUGGAGGAGUCCCUGGUACAGGAAGAGAGGAAGAAGCAGGCGCCUGAGGGAAGCAAAGGAGUCACUAGUUCAGGAUUCCCUUUUGAGUUUGGACGAAACCCUUACAAAGGAAAGCGCCCCUUAAAAGACAUAAUUGGGUCAUACAAAAAUCGCCACAGCAGUGGGGAUCCAUCGAUCGAGGGAACGGUGUCAGGCAGCGGAGGUCUCACAAAGCCAGUCUCCGAGAUGCAGCUGCAGAUUCAGAGCCAGCAGGAGGAGCUGGAACAACUCAAGAAGGACCUGUCCAGUCAGAAGGAGCUCAUUCGGCUGCUCCAGCAGACAGUCCGGUCAUCCCAAUAUGACAAGUAUUUCACUAGCCACCAAAUCAGCCAGGGGGUCCCGAGGGACACACUGGAGCUUCUCCAUCAAAAGGACGAGCAGAUCCUGGGCCUCAGCGGCCAGCUGGAGAGGUUUGGUGUGGAGAAGGAGAGUCUACAGCAGGAAGUGAGGACGCUGAAGAGCAAGGUGGGCGAGCUCAAUGAGCGACUGGGGAUGCUGAUGGAGACCAUCCAGGCCAAGGACGAGGUCAUCAUCAAGCUCAGCGAAUGUGAGGGCAGCGUGUCUUCGCCCACCAUGGGGCCCAGCUCUCCUUUGCCCACCCCAGCCAGCAGAGACCAGCUGGAGCUGGACAGGCUAAAAGAUAGUCUGCAAGGGUACAAAACCCAAAAUAAAUUUCUAAACAAGGAAAUUUUGGAACUCUCAGCUCUACGAAGAAAUGCAGAAAGGAGAGAGAGGGAUCUGAUGGCAAAGUAUUCUAGCCUGGAAGCCAAGCUCUGCCAGGUGGAAAGUAAAUACUUGAUACUGCUUCAAGAAAUGAAGACACCAGUGUGUUCAGAAGAGCAGGGACCUGCCAGGGAUGUCAUAGCCCAGCUGUUGGAGGAUGCUCUGCAGGUUGAGAGCCAAGAACAGCCAGAGCAAGCGUUCGUUAAGCCUCAUCUGGUCAGUGAGUUUGAUAUCUACGGGUUUAGGACUGUCCCUGACGAUGAUGAGGAGGAGAAGUUGGUCGCCAAGGUCCGAGCAUUGGACCUGAAGACUCUGUACCUCACAGAAAACCAGGAAGUUUCCACUGGGGUCAAGUGGGAAAACUAUUUUGCAAGCACGAUGAACAGGGAGAUGGUAUGCUCUCCCGAGCUGAAAAACCUGAUCCGAGCAGGCAUUCCCCACGAGCACCGCUCCAAGGUGUGGAAGUGGUGCAUCGACCGGCACACCAGGAAGUUCAAGGACAGCAUGGAGCCCGGCUACUUCCAGGCCUUGCUCCAGAAGGCUCUAGAGAAGCAGAACCCGGCCUCCAAGCAGAUCGAGCUGGACCUGCUGCGCACGCUGCCCAACAACAAGCAUUACUGCAGCCCCACGUCGGAGGGCAUUCAGAAGCUGCGCAGUGUGCUGCUCGCCUUCUCCUGGCGGAAUCCAGAUAUCGGUUACUGCCAAGGCCUAAACAGGCUGGUGGCAGUGGCCCUCCUUUACCUGGAACAAGAAGAUGCUUUCUGGUGUCUCGUUACCAUCGUGGAAGUCUUCAUGCCUCGGGACUAUUACACAAAGACUUUAUUAGGAUCCCAGGUGGACCAGCGUGUGUUCAGAGACCUCAUGAGUGAGAAGCUGCCUCGGUUGCACACCCAUUUGGAACAGUAUAAAGUGGACUAUACUCUCAUCACCUUUAACUGGUUUCUGGUGGUGUUUGUGGACAGCGUUGUCAGUGACAUCCUUUUUAAAAUAUGGGACUCUUUCCUUUAUGAGGGACCAAAGGUUAUUUUCCGUUUUGCCCUGGCACUUUUUAAAUACAAGGAAGAGGAGAUCCUGAAAUUGCAAGAUUCGAUGUCCAUAUUCAAGUAUCUUCGUUACUUCACUCGGACUAUCCUUGAUGCCAGGAAGCUGAUCAGUAUCUCCUUUGGGGACCUGAACCCCUUCCCCCUGCGCCAGAUCCGGAACCGGAGAGCCUACCACCUGGAGAAGGUCCGGCUGGAGCUGACGGAGCUGGAGGCCAUCCGAGAGGACUUCCUGCGUGAGCGGGACACUAGCCCUGACAAAGGCGAGCUGGUUAGCGAUGAGGAGGAAGACACUUGAAUGAACCCCCACCCUAGGAUGCUGCUCUUCUUGCCUUCAUAACCAAAAAUAGCAAAGGCGCGUCUCUGCACAUCAGUUGCCAGAAUGUACCAUCCACGGCCUCUGGGUAUCUGCUGGGCAGGUGUCCAAAGCUAAGCUGCACUUUCUCAUCUCCCAUUUGGAGCAGAGGGUCUGAUGGCUUUACAGCCAUUUCCAUGUCAUGGCGUUCGGUCACAUGCAUCACAGCCAUGCUUGCUGCCUGACUGAUAACGCGACAGUUGACUGUUCCCAAGGGCCUGUUUACAGCAUCUGCCAGUUGUGUGUUUUACCUACAAAAACUACUUUACUCCUUUUAUUCAAAGGCAGCACUGUGGAGGAAUGCACACAGGGCUUCAGUGUGACUGCUUCCAAGGGCAAGAGGAAACUGGCCUCCCUAGUAGAGAGCAAGGGAGCCCUCUGCUGGUGGCUUCACACUGCCAGCCACAUCCCUUUCUGGACUCCCCUUUGCCCUUACACACAGCCUUUCAGACUGUAGCACUCAGCCUGCUCUGCAGCCAGCCCCCACAUUUCUCACUGCCAGCUCUUUUGCCAGUUGUCUGUCCCAGCUUGCAGGGGCCUGGCACACCUCCAAGAGCUUCUGUGGAAAGCUCUCCUAGCCGGGAGGUGACUUGUAGAUAGCAUUCUCCAAGGGUAGCUGGAUUUGGUUUCCAAAUGAACCUUGCAGUAGCCCCACCCUGCAUGAAGGGACAUGGGAACCUUUCAGAUCUGUGGCUUGUGGGAUACUGGGUGUCAGCGGCCAGGCCUCUGGUAUCUCUCUUGCCCAGUGGCUGGGUGGAGAGUGGGCCUGAUUGCCAGCUUCCUAGAUCUGGAAGCACCUUUGCUUGGGACAAGAGUGAUAAGCUCUCUAGUCUCCAUGUUGCCCAGAUCAUCCUUGUCCUCAGCAGGGAUCUGGGGCCACUGGGCCUCUGGCAUGGCAGACUCUGGGGACUUGGAACACUUCCUUCUUGGAGCCUAGAGAGGAUCUGAAUUAGAGGUUAUUUUUGCUCAAGCCUGGAACAUCCCUGAUGGCUGGAUGUCAUGAGAAAAUAUUUUCUAACAGUAUUAUCGGAACACAGGGCAAACAGCCUUAAGUGGACUAUCUUCCACUACCUGGAAAGAGAUCGGAAACAAUCCUUAGCUAGUGUAAACACACUCAGAUUAAGACUUAGGGCAAGACAGUUGUAAGAAGUACUUUUUCCAUGACCCAUUUUCCUGUUUUUGCUCUCUGCUUUGUAGCACUUGAAUGGCUGAGCUAGUUUUUCAGCAUCUAGACUGUUCAGCUUCUCUAAAAGUGACUUCAUGUAUUACCAUGUAAGGAGCUGGUCUCUAUAUCUAGCCAAUAGCCUUUGUUUCUUUUCAGGUAUCAAAAAUGUCAUUGUGUCUUUGGGAUGGUGGGAUUGAGGCCUGGCUUCUUCAGGAAGCUGUCUGGAACUGGACACUGGUCUCACUGCUGUUCUCAGGGUCUCCCAGAGACCAAAUGCUGAAAGAACCCCACCUCCACCCCUGUGAAAUGAUGGCUGUCAGCCUUGGGGACAGCUGCUAAGGAGCUGUGGUAGGAAUGGCUUGGAGCCUCAUGGCUCAGCUCCAGCUGCCCUGAUUUCCCCCUGGAAGAUGCCAUUCCAAAUAUAUAUUUGAUGUAAGCGCUAUUAGCAUUUUAGCAGUGGGUUGCUUCUGUCUCUGUGUCCAGUGGAGGUAUAUUUAAUGUACCUGCUGAUAUUGGGGACAUGACUUAGAACACAUGCCUUAAAUGUGAGGCCCUGGGUUCUAUCUCAGCAACUUGGGGGGGAGGG